GAGGGACAGACAAUUAGUUUCAGAUGCAAGCACGGCUUUCUGCCAGAAAAUAAAAAGUACUGGUAUAGAAUUAGAUGCACCAAGUUGGGCUGGGAUCCAGAACCGAAAUGCUUCAGUAAGUGUAUGUUUCUCUUAUUCUCCUUGAGCUAAGAAGGCACCAGCAACAUUAAUGAUGGCUGCUGAGGUGCUUUCAAAGAGUUAGUCUACCUAAGAUGGAAGUAGCAUAUAAGUCAAAAGCAGGGCUGACCCGUUCUAUUUCAUCACCUGAGUCAAAACAGAAAGGUUCCACUCCCGCUCUGCUGUCACUCUGUCAAAGCCUCACUUAGUGGGGUUGCAUGGCUGUAGCUUCCAGGAUGCGGCAAGAUCUUAUGAGAGAUUGGCGAGAUAUUGCCGGAACCCAGAAGCUGGAUGCAACUGAAGGCUGCCAUAGCUCCCUGGUGCUGGCACCUUCCUUCUAUGUUUUCCCACCUGACAUUUCAAACUUGCUUGUAAAUAUGAGCCCUUUCUUGGCAUUUCAAAUCCCUUGUGCAACAAAGGAGAUUGGGGAUGCGCGUGCAAGUCCCCACCCACUCCUUAUCACAUGGGGUUUUUUGAAUGCCUGAAUAGGGCUAGAAUUUGCAAACAUUCAUUCCAAACCUGCUUUAUGACAAUCCCUGUGUGUGCGUGCCAUUAUUCUGCAGGCAUGCCUAAAAAGUGCUGAAUAUCAUCUUGGGUGUAGCAGAAUGUAGCAUUCGGAGAAUCUUGGUUCUUUCAUUUUUUAAGAAAGUAAGUUUCUUAGGAACUUAUACUAGGAAGCUGCCUUAUACUAAGCAAGAGACUCUUGGUCAGUAUUGCAUAGUGUGAUGCCAUUCAAUAUUUGGCAGUGGAUUUCCAUGGUUUCAUACAGGGGCCUGUUCCAUAGCUGCUUUCUGGACCAGGACGUCCAAAAGUAUUUUGCGUACUGUUCUCUAAUAAAGGUUUUGUACACAUUUCCUCUCUUUCCAUUCAUGCAUAUGUGUUUGUUUUGCCUUUAGGACAAUGCACCCCUCCUAAACCCUUGCCACAUGGUGAAGUAAUUUACGACUCUGAGAAUAACUUCAUCGAGGGUGAUAACGUUUCGUUUCGUUGUGAUGCAGGCUAUCUACCUGAAAAUCAAGCAACGGCCACGUGUACAAAAAAUGACUGGUCGCCUACUCCAAGUUGUUCCUACAUGUGUAAGCUUUACUUGAUAACUGAUCAAUACACCUCGGAUUGUGGAUACAGCCUAUCUGAUUCUGCCUUAAACAAGCCACAUUAA